GGACAGUUCAAAUAUUCUGGCAUGUGGUUUGCUCCCACAAGAAUGAAGUCAUACUAUUUUGGUUGUGGUAAUCAACCAAGGAAUAGCUUAUGGACUUACAGUUACAAGCCAAAAACUGCCAUGGAGGUCUGUGUUAAUGAUGAAUCUGUGAAGUUUUUGAGUGGGUGGCUACAACAAUGGCGUGAAAGAAAGUUUCAAAUAUGCAAGGAUCAUAUUGAUUGUGAUACAAGUGAUAGGGAAAAAGAUGAUUAUAUCUAUUCUGAAAGUGACUCCGAUUCAGGAAGCCAAUAUGAGGAGGAUAGGCUGAAAAACGUCCUCUUAGUUACAGGACCAGUUGGGGUAACUACAAAGACUGCAUUAUCUUGUUACAACUAUGAUGAGUCAUGGUACUUGGUUUUGUUUCUAGAUUACUUUGUGCCUGAUGAUGAAAACUUUUAUUUUUGUAUUGAUAUGUGCAUUGAUUUCAUUUUGAGCCUCCAUCUUUUCUGCUCUCACCAUCUUUGGUACUCACAAUGAUCCAUUAUUUUAUUUUAUUUAUUUAUUUAUUACUAUUUUCUCAUGUUGGCUGUGGUGAUGAUGAUCUGUGUUUGUUGUUGGUGGUGGUGAAUGCCAAAGGUGAUGGUUGAAGUGGUGGUGUUUAAACCUUGAAGAUGUGAUUGGUUCUUAAUGAAUUUUCAAUGUUCAUGAAAUUUCUUGCAUUAAUCUCUGAAGGCAUUUAUAUAUUAAAAUGGUCUCUUUUUACAGCUACAAAAUAUAUAUUUUAUUGCCUUAUGUAAUAAUAUGAAGAUAUUGUCAUUUUUUUUGGUUAGUUUUCACUUUCUUUGCAUGCUUAUUUGCCCUGUGAUGGAAAAUGUAAUUUUCAGAAGCAGUUUCAUGGUUUUGCAUUAUAAGCCUUCUCUCUCU